AUGCGGUCUUUCAUCAAAUCCCCUUCCACAUGGGCUCUACUAACCCUAUCCCUGCUUCCCUCCGUUCUCGGCUCACCUCUAUUCGAAAAGCGAGCAAAGGGUCCCUGGCUGGGUUUGAACACCAACUUCCCAGAUCCCAGCUUUAUGAAAGCAGCCGAUAACAAAUGGUACGCAUUCGGCACCAACGGAAACGGAAAGCGAGUCCAAGUCGCAGUCUCCGACGACUUCAAAACAUGGAAACUCCUCGAUAUCGAAGCCCUCCCCACAUUAUCAACAUGGGAAACUGAAAACGAUCACUGGGCACCAGACGUGGUGAUGAGAGAUGACGGAAAGUACGUUAUGUAUUACUCCGGCGAAGCAAAAUCAAACCUCAGACACCACUGCGUCGGCACAGCCGUAGCAGACAAACCAACAGGACCCUAUGUCCCAAGCAAUAAGCCCCUAUCCUGUCGUCUCGAUCGGGGCGGCUCAAUCGACCCAGCAGGCUUCAAAGAUAAAGACGGCAGUCGCUACGUCGUCUUCAAGGUCGACGGUAAUAGCGUCGGUCACGGCGGGGACUGUAACAAUGGUGUCGAACCGCUUGUUUCCACACCGGUUUUGUUGCAGAAGGUUGCCGCCGACGGUGUCACGCCUAUCGGGGAUGCGGUGCAAAUUCUUGAUCGCAAUACCGCUGAUGGUGAUGGUCCGCUUGUCGAGGCGCCGAAUCUGAUUCUCCAUGGCGAUACGUACUUUUUGUUUUAUUCCACUCAUUGCUUUACCGACCCGGCUUAUGAUGUGCGUUGGGCUACGUCUAAGAGUAUUACCGGGCCUUAUACUAAGACCAAUGUCCCGUUGAUUAAUGCUGCAAAUACGGGGCUUAUUUCGCCUGGUGGUGGGAAUGUUUGUGGUUGUGGGGAUCGGAUCUUGUUUCAUGGGUUUUGUACUGAGGAGAGGACUAGUAGGUGUAUGUAUGCCGCUAAUGUGAUUAUUGAGGGGACGAAGGUAUCGAUUGCUUAG